GUCUUUCUUAUAGAUAGAUAAAUAAAAAAACAGAGAAAGAAGCCAUGCAAAUGAACGUUAUGUGAAACAAAAAUUCUAAAAAUUCCCAUUCAUGCGCUCAUUCAGAUCAAUAAUUUUACAGUCAUUCUUUGUUGUGAUUAAUCUGGUUGCUUUUAUGUUCCGAGCAGUUGUAGAUGAUUUAUUCCCAUAAUUCCUUGGAAAUGAUUUGGUUUUCUGCAUCCUCCCUUCAGUUUUCCUCUGUUUUCCCUUCUGUUUGAAUUUUAAUAGCCUGUUUUUCCUCUGAAGUAGUAAUGACUCCCGUGUUGGGAUUAAUGAAUCUCUAAGUUUGUUCCGGGAGUUAUCCAAAUGGAUUCUAAAGCACAGAGGAAGGCCUUGUUCAGGUCAAGGCUGAGGGAGACUUCACAAAAACGUGAAAAGCGCAUCGACUCUCCCCUUGUGAGGUAUAAUGAAGAUGAUCAACCAGUUUGCAGAGUUUGCAAUGUUGCUUUGAGAUCAGAUUCAUUGUGGCCAGCACACCAGGCUUCUAGAAAGCACCACGAGGCUAUUGAGAAUAUCAAGGCUACUGCUGCUAGGCAAAGUACGCCUGAUAAUUCACACCUUGAAAGGCAACAAAACUUUCCGGAAUCGCGGGCUGCAUCCACUCUUCCAGAUAAUUUUUUUGACAGUCAAGAUGCCAAAAAACAGAAGCAUGAUGUUAAAAAUAGUAGCGGAUCAGGCUCUAGUCGUUCAUCCGUGUCGAAGGAAGAGGACGAAAAUAUAACCGCCGGGAGCUCUGUUCAAUCCUCAAAACAGAUGAGUCACAAUGAUGUUAUGCAAGUUAGUGCAGUUCUUCCUGAGGGCUUACCUAACAAUGGGACAGAUGAAAAACAUAACUCCAAUCAGAAAAGUCAAGUUUCAAGGGAUUAUAAAAAUUUAGAAGUCAAAGAGGCAAGGGCAUUUCUUCCUAGUGGUUUUUUUGACAGAAUCGACUCAAAUAGUGUUGGCCAAGCUAAACAACUCAGCCAACAAUCAGAAAAGCCGGACAUAGUGCAACUCAAACAAGUUAAAGAAGCAUUACCUGAAGGUUUCUUUGAUAACAAGGAUGAAGAUUUGAGAGCACGUGGCAUAGAACCUGUUAAAGUUGAUAUCGAUGAUGCAUACAAAGAAUUCGAGAGAGAAAUCCAGGAGGACUUGCAGGAAGUGGAUGAUCGCUUGGAAGAGGAAGAGAUUGAUGCUGCUGAGGUCAGAGAGGAGAUCGAGUCCCUUGAAUACAAGGCAUAUAGGGAGAGAGUGGAAAUGGUGAAGAAGAAGCUGUUAGAGGCAAAGGAAUCACGCCUUGCCAGACUGCAGAGAAGUCCAGAAUUUAAGGCUAAGGACUCCAGCGAUGAUUCAUCAAGUGAUGAUGAGGUUGAUGAAGACUUUUCGGUGGAUUGGAGGGCUAAACGAUUUUGACUUGUGAGCCUUUGAAAUAAAUGCCACCUGCUACUUGUUCUUGCCUGAAGGUUGAAGAUGGUCCAGAUGGAUAUAUAUAUAUAUAUUAUCAGUAUUGACUGUGCAGCUCAAAUUUCAUUGACUGUUUUGGCCUCUCUUAUUUUUAAGAACUUUAGAGUCUACAGUCAGUAUAAAAUUUAUUGAAU